AGCUAGCUCCUUUAUCAGGGGGAUCCCCAAGGGUAUAUGUGUGAAAUAGGAUGCUAAGGUCCAACCCUUUAUCUGCUGCAAUCUAAGGAUAAGUAUAGAUCUGUAAGUCAGAGCCUCUCUCUCUGUUUGUUGGUGAUAAGGUCGUUGUUAUUCAGAGAUUCCAUACUCUCCCAAGCUGCCAUUUUUCUUGCCGGAAUCUUCACUGGGACUUGACGCUGGAAAUGGGUUUGUUUCAGAACGAGUGAGAACAAAAAAUGGGUGAGGAAGAGGGAAGGAGAAAAGCCAUAACAGACCAGGAUUCGCUGGAGUCGUUCGCCGGAGGCUUCAGUAUCCCUCAAGCUGUGAAGCUUCUAUCUUCCUUGAUUUCUCUUUCUCAUUCAGUCCGGGUCUUCGCGGCAAAAUGGCAACCGAUUCGGAACAAGCUCGAGGAGCUCCAUUCAGGGCUAAUCGCCGCCGAGAACUGCGAUUCCGGCGAGAACCCGUCGCUCUCCGGUCUGGUUCCUGCGAUACUGGCCACCGUGAAUGAUUGUCAUGAUCUCGCUCGCCGCUGCGUUGAUCUUUCGUACAGCGGGAAGCUUUUGAUGCAGAGCGAUUUGGAUGUGAUGUUCGCCAGGUUCGCUUGUCACGUGAAGAAGCUAUCAGAGGUAUACUCGGCUGGUAUUUUGACUCACAAGUAUGCCCUCGUUGUUUCAAGGCCUAGUCUUGGAGCUUGCAAGGAUGAUAUGAGGUUUUACAUGAGGGACUUGCUGACGAGAAUGAAGAUUGGCGAUGUGGGAAUGAAGAGGCAGGCUCUGAUGAAUCUGCACGAGGCCGUGGCGGAAGACGAAAAGUAUGUGAAAGUGAUUGUGGAAAUAGGAGAUAUUGUUCAUGUUCUGGUGAAAUUUCUUGAUUCGCCGGAGAUGGAAAUCCAAGAAGAAUCUGCCAAGAUGCUUUCUGUUAUCGCAGGCUUUGAUUCCCACAGAGGGAUUCUGAUCACAUCUGGGAUUAUUGCGCCUCUGAUCCGAGUUUUGGAAUGUGGGAGUGAGUCAGGGAAGGUUGGGGCUGCCAGGUGUUUGAUGAAAUUAACGUCCAAUUCAGACAAUGCCUGGUCGGUUUCAGCUCAUGGGGGAGUCACGUGCUUGCUCAAAAUCUGCUCUAAUGGAGAACCCAAAGGAGAAUUGGUUGCUUCUGCUUGCGGGGUGCUGAGAAAUCUUGUGGGUGUUGAAGAAAUAAAGAGAUUCAUGGUUGAAGAAGGUGCCGUUUCUGCGUUUAUCAGGCUUGUGAAAUCCAAGGACGAAGCGAUUCAGGUAAAUUCCAUACAGUUUAUUCAAAGUAUAGCCUCUGGAGAUGAACAGGUUAGGCAAAUGGUGAUUAGAGAAGGUGGCAUUCGGGCUAUAAUACGUAUUCUAGAUCCUAAAUGGUCAUGUUCUUCUAAAACCAGGGAGAUAGGAAUGAGAGCUAUUGAAAACUUGUGUUUUUCUUCGUCUAGUUCUGUAAGCAUGUUAAUGAAUCAUGGCUUUGUGGAUCAACUGCUAUAUUACAUCCGUAAUGGGGAGGUUUCCAUCCAAGAAUUGGCUCUGAAAGUAGCGUUCAGAUUCUGUGGAACAUCAGAGGAGGCUAAGAAAGCCAUGGGCGACGCAGGUUUCAUGCCAGAGCUUGUUAAGUUUCUAAAUGCAAAAUCAUUCGAAGUUCGUGAAAUGGCAGCUGAGGCACUCUCUGCCAUUGUUAUGCUGCCCAAGAACAGAAAGAAAUUUGUGCAGGAUGACCAAAACAUCGCUCUUCUUCUCCAAUUGCUUGAUCCAGAAGAGGGAAAUUCAAGUCACAAAAGAUUCUUAAUCUCUAUCUUAAUGUCAUUAACAAGUUGUAACAGUGGGAGAAAAAAGAUUGUGAGUUCUGGGUAUGCCAAAAACAUAGAGAAACUUGCAGAAGCUGAAGUCUCAUCCGAUGCCAAGAGGCUUGUGAGGAAGCUAUCCACAAACAGAUUCCGCAGUAUGUUAAGUGGAAUCUGGCACUCAUGAAUUUUUAUUUUCUGCCCUCCCCAUGACAAGAAAAUAGCUCAGCUUUCUGUUGAGAUUGUAACCAGAAGUGUAGUGAUACCCCAAAACCAAAACAAAAAAGCUUGAUUGUAGAUUUUCUUGAGGAUACUCUGGCAUUACUUUUAGCCAUGGCAGCUCUGUACCAAAGAUGGAGAGAAUUAUAUCGCCAAAAAGAAUGUAAUUACUACUCAGUACUUACAGUUAUUUACAAUACAUCAGUUUGGAUUUGGAAGUUUUCCAGAAUAAUAUUAUAUUGUUCA